AAAAACAAGCCCGAUCGACGACGGCUUUCCGCACAACUGACACUCAAUCGCUCAUCAUUGUCAGUUUCACUGGAAACAAUGAAAGUAUUGGAAGCAAUCAAGGGUUUAUAUCGCCCAGAAAUGGCGUCUUUUCGUGUCCUGUUCAUUUUUCUGAUCCUCAAUUGUUUGAAGAUAUAUUGUGAGGAAAUUUAUAAAUGUGAAACACCAUCGAUCGGUGGAGUUUGUCGUUUGAGCGGUGUUACGAUAGAAUCCCUCGAUGAUAUCCAUACUAUGGAACUUCCCGCCGAGCAGCAAUUCGUUCAGUUCGUCGAUGGAGCCAUUCCUGACUUUGGUCAAGUGAUCUACGAACAGCUCGAAAGUGUCACCAACUUAACGAUCACCAAUUCCGGAGUGAAGAAGUUGUUUGUCGCUCCGACUCUUGUAUAUCUGAACGCCAGUAUGAACAAUUUAACGCGUAUCGAGCGAGCUUCCAGUGAAGACUACAGUACACUUCGGGUUCUUAUCCUUUCACAUAACGCAUUCGAUCGAGUACCCAAUAUCAAAGACUUCGUGGCUAUUGAGACGCUAGAUUUAUCCGAUAACAAAAUGGAUUCUGUGAAUUUAGAUUUAUUCUCACGAUUAACCAAACUCAGAGAGUUGGAUUUGAGCAACAAUAAGAUUCGUUUUUUGGACACGGAAAACGGAUUUAGUCUAAGGAGUUUAACAAUAUUGGAACUUCGAAAAAAUCACCUGUUCGAACUGGACCUUACCAGGUGGAAGUUGCCAGCGUUAAGAUCGCUUCACAUCAGUUUAAACUUUCUGUCAUACAUAAACGGUGAAGAUCUUCGCCAAGCGUUCCCAAAGCUCAGUGUACUUGGAAUGUCCCGGAACCAGUGGAACUGUCGUUGUCUCUCGAAACUGACCUAUUUCCUAGAGCAGCAUUCUAUAUCUUUCACUCAUGAUGACUCACUAUGUCUGGCGAACUAUACUUCCAUCAAACAGGUGUGCUGUUUGGAUAGCUACGUCAACUAUGUCACUCUCAAUUCCCAACGGGACAUUCGGUUGCUACAGCGAGAGAUGGCUGCCAUGAACACAACACUCGUUGUGAAGCUUGCAGCCGUGCGGGACGAGCAGAGUGUCCAGAUUGCUGUUCUGGAGCAAAAGCUGACGGUCCAGGAGAAACAGAUGGCGCUGAUGAAAGACCAUCUAACAUCAAUGGCACGUCUCAUCGACGAUUUGAUCGAGGAAUUAUACCUGCGAGAGAUGGAGGGCGAAGACAAUGGAGGCAUCUCUAGAAAAAUGCCGCCUUCCGUCAAGGUUGUGUUUUGAAGAACUUGUGUGAAAUACGCGAAUGCGUGCCAUUUAAAAUAUAUCGCAAAUUAAAAGUCACAUGUGUUAGUGUUUGUACAAUAAAGUAAAAUAUGUCACAAUGAA